AUGAUCGUUGGAGCGGAUAUUUCUCAUCCUGGAAUUGGACAAAAGAAUCAACCCAGCAUUGCAGCAGUUUGUGCAUCCGUUGAACCAAGUGCAACAACUUAUUACGGUAGAGUGAGUGUCAACAAACAAAUCCGUAAUGAAACAAUAGAAUGUCUUGGAGAUAUGAUAUCCGAUCUAUUAAAAGCAUUCUAUGAGAAGAAUAAAGUUCUUCCAAAAAGAAUGAUUUUUUAUCGAGACGGUGUAAGUGAGGGUCAGUUUCGCGGAGUGCUUAACAGAGAAGUAAUUGCGUUGAAGAACGCAUUUAAUAAAAUUUAUCAAAAGGAACCUCCCAAAUUAACUUUUAUGAUAGCACAAAAGAGGCAUCAUACCAGAUUUGCUCCAGUAAAUAGAGGAGAUGCGGAUAAACUGGGAAAUUGUACCCCUGGAACUGUCGUAGAUCAGUCAAUCGUUCACUGUAAUGAAUUCGAUUUUUAUUUGCAAUCUCAUUCUGGACUUCAAGGAACAACACGUCCAACUCAUUAUUAUGUUUUGUAUGAUGAAAAUAAAUUUGACGCCGAUGAUAUUCAGAAUUUAACUUAUCGAUUAAGUUAUCUUUACGCUAGAUGUUCUUCGGCAAUUUCCGUGGUGCCUCCAAUUGCUUAUGCGCAUCUGUUGGCAGCACGCGUACGACUUUAUCCAACUGGCGAAUCACCCGAAGAAAAAGAUUGUG